AGCCUAUUUAUUAAAGCAAAUUUUCGUGUUGAGUUGCUUGAUUGUCUCUUCUUCUUCUUCGCUUUCCUUUUUCUCUCUUUUAAUAUUUCCUGUGACACCAUGCAGUCGGGAAGUGCAAACAAGACGGCAAACAGCAGCCUAAAACAAGGUGGACACACUACUACAAGACGACGUGUGACAGAACUUCCGACAUCAGAGUCCGACGGCAAUUGUUCAUCUUCUUGUAAUUUAAACUGUUAUUACAACGACGAACAAACCGACAACCCCAACGGUUACCUUCCUUCCGGUUCUUCCUCCUCCGGCCACCACAUAAGAUAUCUGCUCCUGCUGCUUCACAGGAACUUAUGUUCUUGGCUGUGUGUUGACAACACGUGUCAUCAUCAAGCAGUUAAUAUGGUUCCCGGUUUGAGAUCCGGCGGGGACGUGUGGCGUAAAAUCCUCGGAGUCUUGUUGUUGAUGAUAUCUGUUUCGGUUUUUUUCAAAGUCACGUUCCUUUGUAGACACGUCGAGAUCAACGGUAAAUGGAAAAACGAAAACGGACUGUUGAUCUUACAGGCGUUUAAAGAUGAUUGGACAUUGGCCGCCCAACGCGUUGUCGCCGAGACUCAAAGCUCCGUGCCCAAACGGGUCCUUGAACGGGUCUCCACCCCAGAAAUUUGGAUGAAACCAAACAGUGACAAUUAUCAACAAUGUAUAUCUCGGCCUAAGAAUCGAACAAGGGUCGGAUCAACGACUAAUGGUUAUAUCAUCGUUCAUGCAAAUGGAGGACUGAAUCAAAUGAGAAUAGGAAUUUGUGAUAUGGUUGCUGUUGCUAAGAUAAUGAAUGCCACCUUGGUUCUUCCUUCUCUAGAUCAUGAAUCAUUUUGGACUGACCCAAGUGACUUUAAGGAUAUUUUUGCUUGGAGGCACUUCAUCAAUGUUCUGAAAGAUGAUGUUAAGAUUGUUGAACAUCUACCUGUUAAAUACACAGCAAUAAAGCCUCUUGUAAAGGCCCCUGUUUCUUGGUCAAAGGCUAGUUACUAUAGAAAGAAGGUGAUGCCAUUACUAAAGCGACAUAAGGUAAUCAAGUUCACACAUACUGAUUCUAGGCUUGCUAAUAAUGGACUACCAACUUCAAUUCAAAGACUAAGGUGCCGUGCCAAUUAUGAGGCUCUUCGCUAUACGAAAGAGAUAGAGGAUCUUGGGAUGACUUUAGUCGAGAGAUUAAAGAACAAUAAUAAACCAUACACUGCUCUGCACUUAAGGUACGAGAAGGAUAUGCUUGCAUUCACAGGCUGUAUCCAUAACCUUACUGAACAAGAAGGUAAUGAGCUCACAAUUAUGAGAUACAAGGUUAGACAUUGGAGGGAGAAAACCAUUGACGGUGAACAACGGCGACAUCAAGGUGGAUGUCCAAUGACACCUAGAGAAGCAGCUUUGUUCCUCAAAGCGUUGGGGUACCCAUCCAGCACGCCUAUCUACAUUGUUGCAGGUGAUAUUUACGGCCGUGAUAGCAUGGCAGCUUUCCGAUCAGAGUAUCCAAAUGUCUUUUCUCAUUCUACUUUGGCUACUGAACAAGAACUGAAACUGUUAGAGCCAUAUCAGAAUCGCUUAGCUGCCUUGGAUUACAUUGUGGCACUUGAAAGUGACGUCUUUGUUUAUACCUAUGAUGGGAAUAUGGGAAAAUCAGUACAAGGUCAUCGACGGUUUGAAGGGUUCCGAAAGACCAUCAAGCCUGAUAGACAAAAUGUUGUCAAACUCAUUGAUCAGCUGGACGAAGGUGUAAUAUCUUGGGAACAGUUCUCUACGGAAGUUAAGCAUUUACACUUGGACAGGCUCGGAGCACCAUACCUAAGACAGCCGGGAGAGUCACCACGACUAGAGGAGAAUUUUUAUGCAAAUCCCCUUCCUGGUUGCAUAUGUAGCAGAUCUUUGGAGCUUGAGCAGAAUUUGAGUUCAGUUCAAAGAUAAUAGUACCAGUUUGUUUGCUGUUAGAGGACCAAACAAGCAACUUAGUUAAGUAGAGCAGGUGAUGUAGAAUUCUGAGGCAAAUCAGGUUAGUUAUACAGGCACGCUCUCACAUAUGUCACAAUGGAAUCAGUGUAUUCAUUAUUCUUUCAACAACUUGGUUGUUAAAAAGAAAAGCAUUUGCCAAAUUAACCUCCUACGAACUGGGAUGUAAUAUUGCCAUGAUGAAGGAACCAAUCUUGAUUCGAUGAAAGUAUGGUGGGGAAAAGGAGACAAAAAGAAUGAAGACGAUUCUGUUGGCCGAAUGUUUUACUACGGAGAGAAACAAGAAAGGGCUUUGUACAGAUUUCUGUCUUUAUUGACCUCAGAACAGCUUGCAGUUGUGUUUCAAAUUGAUUCUUUCGCAAUAUCAGGUUUAAAUUAAUGGAAACAAAGGAAUCGAAAUCGGCCUGCACAGCUGGAUUUAAAAUAAUAUUUUAGCUCA